AUGGUCCAACUAGUUGUCGUUGCCUCGGUUCUCGCCGGGAUUAUUGCCAUGACAAAUGUUUCCAAAUCAGCCAAAUUUUUUGUCAAAUCAGUUUUGUAUGGGCUCUCAAUUUCCGGAUGUGCGCUUUACGGCGUCAUUGCCCUGAUUUUCCUUCGUUUAAUUGGGAAGCCAGAAUAUGCUCAAUACACCACCGCUCGAGCAUUCUACUACGUGGUUUCAAUUCUUUUCCGUAUAAAGAUUAAGGUCAAGAAUGAAGAGUAUCUUCGUCAACACCCAGCUAUUUACAUUUCAAACCACCAAUCGGCAUUGGAUGUGUUCAUGUUGGGUCGCAUAUUUCAACCUGGGAUGUCAGUCACUGCUAAGUCGUCACUUAAGUUCGUACCUUUCCUUGGCUGGUUCAUGAUGCUUUCAGGCACAUUUUUUUUGAACCGUCAGAAGUCAGAGAAGGCUCGCAAGGUGUUGAGCUCAGCACUUGGACAACUUAAAACUCAAAAAAGAGGUUUAUUCGUUUUUCCCGAAGGUACUCGAUCGGGCUAUGAAACCUUAGAUAUGCUUCCAUUCAAAAAGGGUGCAUUCCAUCUUGCCAAGGAAGCAGGUAUUCCGAUAGUACCAAUUGUGGUUUCCAACACCACCCCCAUAUUUUGUCUGAAAACAAAAACCUUCAAUUCUGGAUUGAUCGAAAUCGAAGUGUUACCUCCUGUACCCACUUCCGAUGUUAAAUCUAAUGAUCAAGUCAAUGAAUUAUGCACUGGUGUCCGUGAAUCGAUGAUAAAGAAGUUGAAUUCCGACGUUGGGUAUUCUACGUCACCUUUGGGGGCUCCUAAGAGACCUGCUGAGUAUGCAGCUGAGGGCAUGACUGGAACAGUAAGUCAUGAUACAAUCUCGGAACAAACUCCCUUAAUUAACAAAGGUUAA